AUGGAUGAUGGAAUAUGGACAUUGUUACAAAAUGACGUUCGAGUGCUUUUCCAAUUCAUCUGUGUAUGGUGGGUAAUGGCCUUAAUUUCUGGAGGGCUUUUAAUGCUUAAAAUCUACUCGAGACUCACACUGGGAGUAUGCAAGUAUGAAAUCGACCUUUCUGGAAAAACUGUGAUCAUCACUGGGGGGAACACAGGAAUAGGAAAAGAGGCAGCGAAAGACCUAGCAAGAAGACACGCCAGUGUAGUCCUCGCUUGUAGAAAUCAAGAGAGGGCUAAAAUGGCUGCCGAGGACAUUGUUAAUUCAACUGGAAACAAGAAGAUUGAAGCAAUGGAAUUGGAUUUAAGUUCACAAAAGUCAGUAAGAGAAUUUGUUGAAGAGUUUAAAAGAACCCAUGACCGCCUUGACAUACUGAUAAACAACGCAGGUGUUUUUGCUCUUCCAGAACGGACGCUAACUGUGGAUGGUUAUGAAAUGACGUUUGCGACGAAUCAUCUCGGCCAUUUUCUCCUGACAAAUCUGCUUCUCGAGAUGUUGAUGAAAUGUGCACCCAGCAGAAUCAUCACCGUUUCAUCAGCAAGCUACAGACUGGGAAUUAUCAACUUUGACAAUUUAAAUAGUGAACGUUAUUACAUCUCGGACAUCGCUUACAGUCAUACUAAGUUGGCCAAUAUAUUAUUCACAAGAAAAUUAGCUAAUCGUUUAGCCGGAACAGGUGUAACAGCCUAUUCCCUUCAUCCGGGUCUUGUGUGCACAAACAUAUUUCGCCACUAUCAUGGAGUGAGAAAAUUUCUUGUUGAUUUAAUUGUAACCAUGUAUGGAAAGACCGCCGAAGAAGGUGCUCAAACCACCAUUUACCUAGCAGUGGCGCCUGGAGUUGAAUCAUUAUCGGGGGACUACUUUGCUGACUGCAAGGUUAUGAACACCAGCCCUAAGACCAGGGAUAUGGACGUGGCACAAAAGCUGUGGGACGUUAGCGAACACAUGACAAAGCUACAUCCCCAAACCCAUACAGAUACAGAAUAA